AUGCACCACCGACCUCACAUCAUGAGAGACUGCACCACCGAUACUCACAUCAGUGAGGGAUCAGCACCACCUCCUCACAUCAUGAGGGACUGCACCACCUCCUCACAUUUGACGGACCCGCACCAACCUCCUCACAUCAGUGAGGGACUGCAACCACCUCCUCUCAUCAAUGAGGGACUGCAAGCCACCUCCUCACAUCAUGAGUGGACUGCACCACCUCCUCACAUCAUUGAGAGACUGCACUACCCUCCACACAUCGUGAGGGAACAGCCACCACCUUCUCACAUCAUGAGAGACUGCACCACCUCCUCACAUAGCAGUGAGGGACUGCACCAACCUCCUCACACAGUGAGGGACCGCACCACCAUCCUCCCCACAUCAGUGAGGGACUGCACCACCACCUCCUCACAUCAGACAGCCACCACCUCCUCUCAGACCUUGAGGGACAUCGCCACCACUCCCCAAUCAGUGCGGGACUGCACCACCUUCCUCAACAUCAGAGAGAGACUGCACUACCUCCUCACAUCAAGAGAACUGCUCCACAGUCCUCACAUUCAUUGGGAGCGUGUUGUGGUUUUUGCGCAUUACACCCUGCCCACUACCGCGCGGUGUGGGCAACGCAAACCUCCAGUCAAGCAGAGCGCGGAGCAGCCCAUCUGUUCAUCACAUAGCAACAAGACGGGAGAGGGAGACAGAGCGCUCCCAGCCUCCACCAUCCACAGCUCCAAUCGCGUGUGA